AUGGCGGCGCCGCUCCCGGUCCCGGACCCGGGCUCGGUCUCGGGUUCGGAGCCCGGUCCUGGUUCCGGUUCGGGCCCCGGUCCUGGUUCCGGUUCUGCCCCGGUCCCGGUCCCGGUCCCGUCCGCGCUCCCGCUGGAGCCGCCGCGCGUGCCCGAGCUGCUGGUGCGGGGCAGCAAGUUCAUCCGCUGGGAGGAGGAGCCCCCCAGCCACACCCCGGUGACGCUCAGGGUGGAUCCCGACGGAUUCUUCCUGUUCUGGACGGGGCCGAGCACGGAGGUGGAGCUCGUGGACAUCCUCAGCAUCCGCGACACCCGGACCGGGCGCUUCGCCCGCGCGCCCAAGGACCCCCGCACGCGGGACGCGCUGGGCUUUGGUCACCCCGGGGGUCCCGACCCCCAGCGCCUGCUGACCGUGGUGCACGGCCCCGACCUCGUCACCCUCGGCUUCCUCAACCUGCUGGCCGUGCAGGACGGGGAGGCCAAGGUGUGGGCAGAGGAGCUGUUCCGGCUGGCCACGAACAUCCUGGCGCGGAACGCGUCGCGCAACACGCAGCUGAGGAAGGCGCACACCAAGCUGACGCUGCAGCUCAACUCGGACGGGCGGAUCCCGGUCAAGAACAUCCUGAAAAUGUUCUCGGCUGACAAGAAGAGGGCGGAGACGGCGCUGGAGUCGUGCGGGCUGGGCUGCGGACGGGGCGCCGCCAUCCCCCCGGAGCUUUUCCCCUUCGAGACUUUCUGGUGCUUCCUGAACAAACUCUGCCUGAGACCCGAGCUGGACAAGAUCCUGCUGGAGAUUGGAGCCGCAGGAAAGCCGUACGUGACUCGGGAGCAGCUCCGCGAUUUCAUCAACUCGCGGCAGCGCGACCCGCGGCUCAACGAGGUUCUGUUCCCCCCGCUGGGGCCCGAGGGGGCCCAGGCCCUGAUCGACAAAUACGAACCGAACAGAACCUUCAGGGAGAAGGGCCAGCUGUCCCUGGAGGGGUUCUGGCGCUACCUGGGCGGGGACGAGAACGGGAUCGUCCCCCCCGAGACGCUGGGGCUGCACCAGGACAUGACCCAGCCCCUGAGCAGCUACUUCAUCAACUCCUCCCACAACACCUACCUGACAGCGGGGCAGCUGGCAGGCCCCUCCUCCGCCGAGAUGUACCGCCAGGUGCUGCUCUGCGGCUGCCGCUGCGUCGAGCUCGACUGCUGGCAGGGCCGGGCCCCCGAGGAGGAGCCGCUGGUGACGCACGGCUUCACCAUGACCACCGAGAUCCCCUUCAAGGAGGUGAUCGAGGCCAUCGCCGAAAGCGCCUUCAAGACGUCGCCGUUCCCGGUGAUCCUGAGCUUCGAGAACCACGUGGACUCGGCCCGCCAGCAGGCCAAGAUGGCCGAGUACUGCCGGAGCCUCCUCGGGGCCGCGCUGGUGACGGAGCCGCUGCCCAAAUUCCCGCUGGAGCCCGGGGUGCCCCUGCCCAGCCCCCAGGACCUGCUGGGCCGGAUCCUCAUCAAGAACAAAAAACGGCGCCCGGGGGGGGCCCCGGCCCGCCCCAGAAACAGCGAGCGCGAGGCCGACAGCGAGGAGGAGGAGGAGGAGGAGCCCCCGGAGAUGAAGAAACCGACGACCGACGAGGGCACGGCGGGCAGCGAGGUCACGGCCACCGAGGCCAUGUCCAGCCUGGUCACCUACGUGGAGCCGGUCAAGUUCAGAACGUUCCAGAACGCCCAGAAGCGGAACAGGAGCUUCGAGAUGUCGUCGUUCGUGGAGACCAAAGGGCUGGAGCAGCUCACCAAGAGCCCCCUGGAGUUCGUCGAGUACAACAAGCGGCAGCUGAGCCGCGUUUACCCCAAGGGGACGCGCGUGGACUCGUCCAACUUCCACCCCCAGCUCUUCUGGAACGCCGGCGUGCAGAUGGCGGCGCUCAACUUCCAGAGCGCAGACGUGCCCCUGCAGCUGAACCUGGGGCUCUUCGAGGCCAACGCCGGCUCCGGGUUCCUGCUCAAGCCGGAGCCGCUGCGGCGCCGCGACAAAACCUUCGACCCGUUCGUGGAGGGGCGGCUGGACGGGAUCGUGGCCAACGCCCUGAGCGUGCAGGUGCUCUCGGGGCAGUUCCUCACCGACCGGCGCUGCGGGGUGUUCGUGGAGCUCGAGCUCUUCGGGCUCCCCGUGGACACGCGGCGCCGGCUCCGCACCCGCACGAGCCAGGGGAACGCGUUCAACGCGGUGUGGGACGAGGAGCCCCUGGAGCUGGGACGGGUGGUUCUCCCCGCCCUCGCCUCCCUGCGCGUGGCCGCCUACGAGGAGGGCGGGCGCCUGCUGGGGCAGCGCGUGCUGCAGGUGGCCACGCUGCGCUCAGGUUAUCGUUACCUGCCGCUGCGCAACGAGAGCAACCAACCCCUGCUGCUGGCGGCGCUGCUGCUGCGCACCUGGGCAGGUGACCACAUCCCCCAGGGGCACCAAGACUACGCGGAGGCGCUGACGAACCCGAUCCGGCACCAGAACCUCCUGGAGCAGCGGCAGCGGCGCCUGCGGGGGCUGCUGGGGGACCCCGAGGACGCCCCCCAGAGGCCCCGCCCCAGCUCGGGGGGGUCCCGCGAUCCCGGGGGCCCCUCCCCCCCCAGCGAGCCCCGCCCCAGCCCAGGGCAGCGCAGCGACCUCAUCGCCACCGUGCUCACAGAGGUGUCCCCCGAGCCGCUGGAGGCGCUGAGGCAGCACCGGGGGUUCCUGAAGCUGCUGCAGCGACAGCGCCGGGAGCUGGAGCGGCUGCGGAAGAAACACCUGAGGGGGGUGCUGGAGCUGCACCGGCGCAGCGGGGGCGCUCCGGGGUCGCUGCUGCAGCUGCGGGAGGAGCAGAAACAGCUGGAACUGGGGCGGAGACGGGAGCAGCUGCGGGAGGCCCAGCAGCGGCUCCAGCAGGUGGCGCUGGAGGCUCAGCAGGCCCAGCUCAAGCGGCUGCGCCAGACCAGUGAGAGGGAGAAGAAGGAGCUGCAGAAGAUUCUGGAACGGCGGCGGCACAGCAGCAUCAGCGAGAGGGGGGGGCGCCGGGGGGGGGAGCUCCCCGAGAUCAACCGGCGCCACAUCAACGAGUCGGUGUCGUCGAUCCGCAGGCUGGAGGAGGCGCAGCGCUGCCGGGAGCUGCGGCUGCGGGAGCAGCACCGGGGGGUUCUGGAGCAGAUCCGGGACCAGGAGCCGAGGCUGCUGCAGGAGCUGGAACAGGAACUGGGGGGGCCCCCAGAGCCCCCCCCGGGCGACUCCACCCCGCUCUGACCCGGGGGGACCCCGAAAUCCGCCCC